GAGCCUGCGAAGUUUCGGGCCCGGAAGCCGGAUCGUUAGCUCAUUCGUGGAGUUGUUGGCCCCGUGUCAUGAAGUUGGUAACGUUUUUGUUCCUGGUCGGGUCCUGUCGGUUCGGGCUCUGCGCCAGGAAUAAUAUCGUGCUGAUACUAACGGAUGAUCAGGAUGUGGAACUGGGAGGAAUGACUCCCAUGAAGAAGACUCGAGCUUUAAUUGGUGAUGCAGGAGCUACCUUCACUAAUGCAUUUACUGUCACCCCACUUUGUUGCCCAAGUCGCAGUGCGAUUCUAACUGGGAAGUAUCCCCACAACAACCUGGUGCGGAACAACUCGCUGAGUGGAAACUGCAGCAGCGUGAAAUGGCAGAAAGUCAUGGAGCCACAUGCUUUCCCUGUCUACCUGAAGCAAAGUGGAUACCAGACUUUCUAUGCAGGCAAAUACCUCAAUCAGUAUGGGCACCCUGCAGUUGGUGGAACAGCUCACGUCCCCAUGGGCUGGGAUCAUUGGUAUGGACUGGUGGGAAACUCCAAGUACUACAACUACACGUUAUCUGCGAAUGGUGUUGUGGAAAAGCACAGUAGCAGCUACCAAAAGGACUACCUGACUGAUCUCAUAGCAAACCGCUCGGUGGAGUUCCUAGAGUCCAGGAGCCGGUACGCUCCAUUCUUCAUGGCGCUGGCCACCCCAGCCUGCCACUCCCCCUGGACUGCGGCUCCCAAGUACAGCAAAUCCUUCACCGGCACCAAGGCACCACGCCAUGGAAGUUUCAAUGUUCAUGGAAAGAACAAACAUUGGCUGAUCCGACAGGCUAAAACACCCAUGAAGAACACUUCCAUUGAAUUUUUGGACAAUGUUUACAGAAGAAGGUGGCAGACUCUGCUCUCUGUGGAUGACCUGGUCGAGAAGGUGAUCAAUAAGCUCAAGGAAACGAAGGAGUUGAACAACACCUACAUAUUCUAUACAUCCGACAACGGCUACCACACAGGGCAGUUCUCCCUCCCCAUUGACAAGCGGCAGCUCUACGAGUUCGACAUCCGAGUGCCACUGCUGGUUCGUGGACCAGGCAUCAAACCCAAGCAGACCAUUAAGGAACCGGUACUCAAUAUAGACUUGGCCCCUACGUUCUUGAACAUCGCUGGGCACAAUGAACAGAAGAGCAUGGAUGGAAGAUCUUUCCUACCACUCGUGGUCCCUUCGCAGAAUAAAAGCAAGUGGCGGACUGAUUUCCUGGUGGAGUACACAGGGGAAGGUCACGACAAGAGUGACCCUUCAUGCCCCAACGUAGGGCCUGGUGAGGCUGAAUGCUUUCCAGACUGCGUGUGUGAGGAUGCCUUCAACAACACCUACGCCUGUGUCCGGACACUAUCCCAAAGCAAUCUGCAGUACUGUGAGUUUGCAGACAGUGAGAACUUUGUAGAAGUCUAUAACUUGACUGUCGAUGCAUAUCAAUUAGCCAAUAUCCGAAAACUCGUGGAUCCCUCACUACUUGUUAAGAUGAACCAGAGACUGAUUAAAUUGGAGUCUUGCUCGGGCGAUGACUGUCGGACCGUUCAGAGAGAGGAGGAUCGAUUUGAUUCCUAACUGAAGGAAUAUUGAAGAGUCCCUCCGUUUCAUGGAUUUGAGACGAACAGACUGAAUGUACCAGGCUCCAAGGAUUAAGGAAACACCGAAUCGUAAACCUAAUCAUGUGGGGUCACAAAUAAUCUGAGAGGGAGAAAUUAACCAAAGUGCGUGCAAUAAACUUGGGUGAAGCCUCUGAAUUACGAUGGUACCCCAUUUUUGAACGAAUAAGAGUCCUUUUGCUCUUGCACGAAGCUUGUCUAACCACCCCGUAGGGAAACCCCAAUGCUUUUUGGCGGGUGACAUGACCAUGAGUUCCCAUUGGUUGAUGGGUGUUUGAGUGUUGUGGAUCACAUUGUACUGAACAAAUGCUGGCUUGGCUUUUGGAGUGUUUUGGUUAUCAAGAUUGGACAUUUGCACCCUUUCACUCAUUACCUGGUUGUGUUGCUGGGAUGUUAGAGGGCAGUUCACCUACAGUGAAUUCCAUUUGUACGUGUAUUCUACUGAAUCAAAGCCUGGAUAGCACGCCAUUAAAUCAGAUCAGACAGUCAUGAAACUUUAUUGGACUGAUGUCCAGAGUGAAAUUCACAAAAUGAUGUUGGAUUGACUGUCGGAUGUAAGGGUUGUGAUUGACGGAAUCACAAAUGUAAACUUGUCUUCUCUAUUGAAAUCACAGUUGACUGAGCCAGUUAUGUUUCUUGUUUUUCAUAAUGAAAUGUUCACUGCAGAUGUGAAGUCAUUUAUGUGGGAAAUCAGCACUAAGACUUGAGAGCUUUGCUUCAUCUGCCUGUUAAGUCACUUAAAAACCCUCUAAAUUAUUUAGUCUUGACUCAUAACUUUGUAUGUUGAAACCUGUCUGGGGGGGCAAAAAAAGCUGCUCUGCCUCAAACAUCUCUUUGGACUUGUAGCCUUGUGUAUUGAAGUUUAUUUUGUGCUUUUUGCCGACAGUAUCCAUUUUGUAUCGAUAAUAGUGUAGAAGAGUGGUCAGAAGUUGUGUAAUGCAGACAUGAAUUUUUCAAUUAAAAAAAAAAUCAUUGCUUACUGGCUGCUUGGACCGGAUCCAUGUGGUUCUGUUAAAGAGGAUGGCUGGCUUUGCUUCAUUUCCCCGAGAGAAUUGAGAUGCAGAGCUGAAGAGGAGCUGCAGUGGAAGGACUUUCGCUCUGUGCUGCAAGCUGAAGGCUAAAGCCUGUCCUUCAAUGGACUGUGAAGAGGCAGAGUAUCAAUCGUCUGUUUGGACUCGUUGCCGUGUGUAUUGAAAAUUAAUUUGUGCUUCUGUUUUAUUAAAUUUGACGCAGUUGUAAAAGCCUGAAA